AUGUCAAUUUACUAUGUGAAAUCGAACGAUUCUAUAGCAAUUGGAUCAACACAUGAGAAACAAAAUGUACCUAGAAUCAGCAGAAGUAUCCCGAAUGCAAUGGCUGGUGAACAGAUUGCAGCAGGAUGGCCUGCUUGGCUUGUUGCAACGGGCACUGAAGCUAUCCAUGGAUGGCUUCCUAGAAAACUCGAAUCGUUCCACAUGCUUGAUAAGAUUGGUUACGGAGCUUACAGUACUGUUUACAAGGCUCGUGACCUCGAACACAACAAAAUAGUUGCUCUGAAACGAUUGAAGUUUGACAAUGUAGAAUUAAUGAUGAAGGAAAUCAACAUUUUACGAAGGCUGGAUCACGAAAAUGUUAUCAAAUUGGAAGGGUUGAUCAUCACAUCAGGUAUUAUAUUUGGUUUAUUAUAUCUUAUUUUAGAGUAUAUGGAACAUGAUCUCAAAGGACUUCUAUCAAUCCCCGGUGCAUUUUUCUCCGAAUCACAGAUCAAAUGUUACAUGAAACAACUGCUAAAUGGAAUUAAUCAUGUUCAUAGUCGAGGUAUCCUUCAUCGAGACAUAACCACUUCAAAUCUAUUACUUGAUAAUCGCGGUAUCCUGAAAAUUGCAGACUUUGGCCUGUCUACACUUUCCAAAUCAAAGCCUAAUGUCCCUUUGACUAGCUGCAUUGGGACUCUCUGGUAUCGAGCACCAGAACUGUUAAUUGGAUCGUGUUUUUAUGGAAUCGAAGUGGAUCUAUGGAGUAUUGGUUGUGUACUCGGAGAAUUGUUUAAUGGCAAAGGAAUUUUGCAAGGUAAUAACGAAAUUGAUCAGUUGCAUAAGAUAUUCAAGCUAUGUGGAUCUCCUUCUGAUGAAUAUUGGCGAAAAUACAAUUCGUCUAAUGCAGCAAUUUUGAAACAGAAAGUACCUUACAACGCGAAAAUCGAAGAAACAUUUCAUGAUUUUCCUGUUGCUGCUCUGGAACUUAUGCAAAUUCUGCUUUCUAUAGAACCACAGAGCAGAGGAACUGCUGCUAUUGCUAUGGAUCACAGUUUUUUCAAAGUUGAACCAUUUGCUACCGAUUCGUUUAGUUUGCCUAAAUACCCUCCAACUAAAGGAUUGGAUGUAAAAUGGAAGAAUUCUAAGGUGUGUUCAACCAUUUUCGACGAAAUGGAUCACAGUUUUUUCAAAGUUGAACCAUUUGCUACCGAUUCGUUUAGUUUGCCUGAAUACCCUCCAACUAAAGGAUUGGAUGUAAAAUGGAAGAAUUCUAAGGUGUGUUCAACCAUUUUCGACGAAAUUAACUGGAUGGAUGAGCGACAUGAUUUAACCAAUGAUGCUUUAGGGGUUACACCCUGGGUAACAAUAGAUGAAAGACGAAGAUACAAAAUGCCCGAAUCUGCAAAUUCCUCUGAAGGAGCAAAUAGAGAUAAGGGCAAGGAGGAUCAGGAACACAACUUCUGGAGUUUUAUAAAGGGAAAGAAGAAGCAAAAUCAUGUUCCGUCAACUGCUGCCUCGAAGAGAGUUAAUGGCCAUGAUAUCAAGGGUAAAAAACAGCAGUAUGGUUUAUUGACUACAGCAUCAAAUCAAAAUGAUCGUGAUUUCAAGGGAAAGAAGAGUGAUUUUUAUGCUCGGUUACCUGUUGAAUCGAACCCAAUGGAUGUGGAUCGAGUGCUCAGGGAGCAUGAUCGGCAUAUCCAGGAAGUUGUUGAGCGCGCCAAGCUUGAGAAGAAAAUGAGAGCUAAAGUUCAGGUUGAAGGCAGAAAUGGAAGCUUGGUGGACAAAGCAUCCCAUGGCUCAAACUAG